GAUUCUCUCCGGAAUGAAAUGGGCUUCUUCUCGUCGCGCAGAGACGACCUUCAGGACGAGAGCAUAAACGGCGCACGCGUCAUACGCUCAAGAUUCUAUGGUAGGAAUAAGGUCAAGGAGAAGGAGCGCGUGCGAGCGCCCACACCGCCCGCUGUUACCCCUCCCAUAGCACCCCGCCCCCCUCCGUCGAGCUUCAACGCGCGCGCAGCGAGAAACCCUCAACAUCCAAGCCCAGGUUCUUCGAGACCAGGUUCAGAGUAUGAAUCUAACGAGCAGCAUAGGAUGUCCGCGGACCCCAUAACUCUAACGCUUGCUCAACGUCUGAGCGAAUUGGCUACCGCGAAUGCCGAGGGUCUCUUAGAUGACGACGAAUACCGUCUUCUGCGACAGAACCUCUUCGAGAGGUUUGCGUCGGGUUCUGCAGCCCCAACUGAAGAACCUGUCGUGCGUUUAGGCCCAACCAGUUCACCAUCGAAUGGCCGAUACUCUAUAUCCUCUUCUCGUCCUCAUCCACCUUCAUCCAUGAAGACACCACGUGCACCUUCGAUACAGUCAAGGACGUCCGCUAGUGGCAGCAUCACGAGCGGCGUUUCUGGACUUCUUAGGAGAGCGACUGGCCGCCGAGCAGCGUCGUCUCAGGAGCACAGUCACACUGAUCAGAGUAGCGUAUUCUCUGGCGCUUCGCGAGCGUCGAGCCUCCUCCGUCGAACACUUCCGAGGGCGUUGAGCAAGAAGAGCAGCGAGAUCUCUCUCGCAUCGGAUGGCUCCCCGUAUGGUACCCAGAAUAACAGUUCUCGGCGGACAAGUCGUGCCGAAACGGUCAUAUCUUCCGAAGGCAAUGCAGCAGCCCGAGCACAAAGUAGUUCCCGAAGAGGCAUUUUGCGCACGUCGACUAGAGGUCCUUCCUCGAUGUAUCGGGUCUCGACGGCAGACCCUCACGAUGACCCCGCGGAAUUGACCACAUAUGCCGACGACGAGCGACUGAAGACGGCAAAGGACAUCCGUGCGGAACUCGAGUUGGUGGAAGCUGAAGGUCGGAGACUCUUAGACGCAUUCAACGGCUUGGAACUCAGCACUCUGACGAAGAAGCAACAUCCGCCGCUUUCUGCGAAACUAUCGUCCGGGGCCAGUUAUCGGGAUCCAUUAGGGUCGACGCACACGCUGGUGCCAGGGCGCAGUCGAAGCCCCGCGUCCGGUCGCAGGUCACCUCGUGGUUUGGGCUUCAACAUGGACCAAGAUGCGGUAUCCACCCAUUCGGGAAAGUCUGGACGAACGGAUGUGUCGUCGAGGUCUCGACUUUUGCCUUCGAGACCGCGCGUGGUAACGCCAUCCAGUGGUUCACCACUGGUGUCACAACCAAUCACCCUUUCAAGGAAGACAUCCCUUUCGUCCAUGUCGUCACGGGGGAAGCAGGCGCUCUCAAAGCUGGACGUCCCAACCUCAGCCCUUGGCCGACUAGCGAUGGCCAGCUCUUCCACCGUCAACCUGGGUAGAAGCAGUGGCCAUCUCCCGCUGGCCACGGUUAUGGAAGGCGACGGUACUCCCGACCGGCGUACCCGACGUGCCGCCGUCCGUCCUUUACCUUCAAUUCCAGUUCCAGGCACUAGAGAAGACCCGGACGAGUACGCUGCUCUGGAAGCAGAGAUGUCAGACAUCCGAAAGCGUCGCGCGGAGGUCACUGCAAGAUAUGAAACACGAUUAGAGUUCUUGAGGGCGAAGCUGAAAAGCGCGGAGAUGCACGAGAAGCUUUUGAGGAAAUAGCCAGUCUUUACCACUUUCAUGAUUUCUUAUGAUUAUUGUUAGAUCUGCUGAGACGAGGAUUACAGUAGUUCAUGGCUUCAUGGCUUUUGAUACCCC